UUGGUAAGCUUUUGUUGUUCUGUUUCCUUCAGGUUUUGAAUGAAGAAUGUGAUCAGAAUUGGUACAAGGCAGAACUCAAUGGAAAAGACGGCUUCAUUCCCAAGAACUACAUAGAAAUGAAACCACAUCCAUGGUUUUUUGGCAAGAUUCCCCGAGCAAAGGCUGAAGAGAUGCUAGGCAAACAGAGACACGAUGGUGCCUUCCUCAUCAGGGAGAGCGAGAGCGCUCCCGGGGACUUCUCCCUCUCAGUCAAGUUUGGAAACGAUGUGCAGCACUUCAAGGUGCUUAGGGAUGGGGCUGGCAAGUAUUUCCUCUGGGUGGUGAAGUUCAAUUCUUUGAACGAGCUGGUAGAUUAUCACAGAUCCACAUCUGUCUCCAGGAACCAGCAAAUAUUUCUCCGGGACAUUGAACAGGUUCCACAGCAACCAACGUACGUUCAGGCCCUGUUUGAUUUUGAUCCCCAGGAGGAAGGAGAGCUAGGCUUCCGCCGCGGAGACUUUAUCCAAGUCCUUGACAAUUCUGACCCCAACUGGUGGAAGGGAGCCUGCCACGGACAGACGGGCAUGUUUCCACGCAACUACGUGACCCCGGUGAAUCGGAACAUCUAGAGAUAAAUAUUAGAGAUUAUUUAAAGAAACCAGAGAAACAGUAAAUACACAUACAGAGCCUAACUGCAGCCAGUGACCUAAAAUCACACGGCGAUAAAACCUGAGUCACCUUUCACCAUGAGGUGAUCCUCCUUCACUCAGUGCGGAACUUCAGAGGCAGGGGGAGAGUUCAACUUACACACCAAAACUUAUCUUUAAAAAGGAGAGAAAAAAAAGAGAGAGAGAGAAAA